AUGGCGAAAACCGGCGUGAUAUGUAAAAUUGGACCUUCUGUUUUAAAUACCGAUCUUGCGGAACUUCACAAUGAAUCGCAGAGGCUCUUAGAUAGCGGAGCAGAUUACUUACAUUUAGAUGUUAUGGACGGACAUUUUGUUCCAAAUAUCACAUUUGGGCAUCCUGUUGUGAAAUGUUUAAGGAAGAAAAUCUCUGAUGCUUUCUUCGAGACACAUAUGAUGGUAACUAAACCAGAACAGUGGAUUGAGCCAAUGGCUGAUGCUGGUGUAGACCAAUACACUUUUCAUGUGGAGCCUUGCAGUGAUGUUUUGUUUGUCUGCAGAAAAGUAAGAGAAGCGGGAAUGAAAGUUGGCCUAGCUCUUAAGCCUGGAACAGGUGUAGAAGCAGUUCAACAGUAUAUAGAUCAAGCUGACAUGAUUUUGGUUAUGACAGUAGAACCUGGUUUUGGUGGACAAAAAUUUAUGAAGGACAUGAUGGGGAAAGUUCAGUGGUUACGACAGAAUUAUCCUGACUUAGAUAUUGAAGUUGAUGGUGGUGUAGGACUAACCACCAUUCAAGACUGUGCUGAGGCUGGUGCAAAUAUGAUUGUCUCAGGUACAGCUGUGGUAGGAGCAGAGGAUCCAGGAAAAGUAAUAGCAACAAUGAGAGACAUAGUGGAAGGAUCAAUUCAAAAAUGUCAGCUUGAGAGGUGAAAUGUAUGGAUCAAGAUUUCUGUAAAAAUAUUACCGAGUCUGAGUGAGAACUUAAAAUAUUGUGUAUAGCUGAAGAUAAAAUAAAUAUUUUUGUACAGAA